GGCUGCUGCACCUGGUUGCGCGGGGGCGGGGGAAUGGGGGCGGGGAGGCGCGGUUGCUAGGGAAACCAGAGGACGCCCGGUAGCCGCCCCCACCGCCCCCGCCCCAGGCAAGGCUGGUCAGCGCCGCGGAAAGCAGCCUCGGGGAAGGAGGAGGAAGAGGGGCAGGUUUAGGGAGCGAAGAAGCGAGAAGAGGAGGAGGAAGAGGCGCUUAGGCCAGUCGCCGCGCAAUUAAUGGGCAGCUCCUACGCCCUGGACCGGCCCGCCCGCCCUGCCCCUCGACCCCUUUAGCCCCGGUAGGGGAGGAAGGGCAGACCCCCAGGCCGGGGAUUAGGAAUCAUGUUGCAUGACGCAAGGGACAGGCAGAAGUUCUUCAGCGACGUUCAGUAUCUGCGGGACAUGCAGCAUAAGGUGGACUCUGAGUAUCAGGCUUGUCUGAGACGACAGGAAUAUAGAAGAGACCCAAAUGAGAAGAAACGUGAUCAGUUUUGGGGGCAAGAGACAAGUUUUGAGAGAUCCCGGUUUUCUAGCAGGUCAUCUUCCAAACAGAGUUCUAGUGAAGAGGAUCCUCUAACUGAACCAAGGUCAUCUACCAAGAUAUCUGCGUUUAAGUGUGACUCCAAACUUCCAGCAAUUGACCAAACAUCAGUCAAGCAGAAACAUAAAAGUACCAUGACUGCAAGGAAAGCAGAGAAAGCAGACCCCAGCGAACCCUCUCCAGAUGAAGCACCAAUGGUUUUAAGGAAGAGGAAGCCAAACCUGAGGAGAUUUACAGUCAGCCCAGAAUUGCACAGCCCGAGAGCGUCUGAGGACAGAAGCAGACAGAAACCGCAGUGGCCCGCAAAGGUGCCAGCUCCCAGGAGAGCAGACCAAGUAGUUCAACAAGGAGACCUGAUGUGUAACACUAAGCUGAAGAAGCCAACUCGAGAGAGAAGAAACUUGGUCCCAUCGUCACAGCCAGUGAUUGAGAACCCCCCUGAUAGACCCAAAAAAGGAGACCCGAGUGCUCCUUCCCAGAAUGAGCUGCAUCCAGCCCUGCCCCAGGCCUUCCAAGGAACAAAUAGUCCUCAAGUAUUGAGUGAGUUCUUGGGGCCACCACUCACACCCACCACUGUAGGAGGGCCAAGAAGGGCAUCAUUUAGGUUCCGAGAUGAAGACUUUUAUUCCAUUUUGUCACUGAACAGCGGAAGAGAAAGUGAUGACACUGAAGAGGAAAUCCAGGUUGAAGAAUGUCUGUGGGUUGGUAUGCACUCACCCCAUUCUCCUUCCCAUCACAAAAGAAGUAGAUUUGGAGGGACAUCGACUCCUCAGGCCAAAAAUAAAAAUUUUGAAGAAAAUGCUGAAAAUUGCAGAGGUCAUUCUUCAAGAAGAAGUGAGCCCAGACAUGGCUCAUUGAGAAUAAGCAAUGCAAUGGAGCCAGCAACAGAAUGGCCUUCUGCUGGGCAAAAGCUGUCCCAAGACUCCAGGCUGCCUGAUAGGGAAUCUGCUAAAGAGAAGGACAGAGGUGGCAGUGAACAUGCAAAAAAGAGCCCCCUUUCAUGGGAUACCAAAUACAAGCCCAGACAAGAGGAUGGUGUCAAUGCUGAAAAUGCAUGGAGUGAUUGUAUUUCUAUGGAGCAUAGGCCUGGCACCCAUGAUUCUGAAGGAUACUGGCAAGACUAUUUAAGCGGUUCUCAAAAUUCUCUUGACUACUUUCUUUCUGGCAGACCAGCAUCUCCAGGAUCAUCAGUGAAUUCAUCCUGUACCUCUGCUGUAUCAUUCAUGCACUCUGCUCUGAGAGAUGAUGUUCCGGUAGACUUGUCAACGUCAUCGACUUCAAUUUACAGCUCAGACUCAGAGGGAAACUCAAGGUUUCAUGUUCGCCGACCACUGUCUCCCAUUAGAAAUAGGAAUCCAUCUGCCAGUGCCGAAAACCACCAUUAUUUCCCAGUAAACAGUGCACACGAAUUUGCUGUCAGGGAAGCAGAAGAUAUUACUUUAACAAGUCAACCUCAGGGGGCUCCAUUAUAUACAGAUCUCUUACUAAAUCCACAGGGCAGUUUGUCCUUAGUGGAUUCUUCCAACUCCUCUCCAUCAAGAAUAAACUCAGAAGGCUAUUUUCGUGUGUCUGAGUCCCUGCAAGAAAAUAUACCAUUUACUUUCUUUGCAGUGUCUGAUUUCCCAAAUCAAAAUGAGAAUGGGAACAGGAUGGCAGCCUUUGGUUUCACAGAUGAAAAGGAAACCAGUAAGAUAAAGGCACACCCUGAGAAACUCCAGAAAUUGCAAGAAAGUCUCCUGGAGGAGGACUCCGAGGAGGAGGGAGACUUGUGCCGCAUCUGUCAGAUAGCCGGGGGUUCCCCAAGCAACCCCCUCCUGGAGCCUUGUGGCUGUGUGGGAAGCCUGCGGUUUGUUCAUCAAGAGUGCCUGAAAAAGUGGCUAAAAGUGAAAAUAACAUCAGGAGCAGAUCUUGGUGCCGUGAAGACCUGUGAGAUGUGUAAGCAAGGCCUGCUGGUUGACCUGGGUGACUUUAACAUGAUUGAGUUCUACCAGAAGCACCAGCAAUCUCAGGCACAAAACGAGCUGAUGAAUUCAGGCUUGUACCUGGUGCUGCUGCUUCACCUCUAUGAGCAGAGGUUUGCAGAACUCAUGAGGCUGAAUCACAACCAGGUGGAAAGAGAGCGGUUGUCAAGAAAUUACCCACAACCCAGAACAGAGGAAAAUGAAAAUUCGGAGCUGGGAGAUGGAAAUGAAGGCAGCAUUUCUCAAAGCCGGGUCGUCUAGCAAGGAAGCCAACCAUGGAGCUCGGCGGAGCCCUCUCCCGCCAGCCCUUCUGUCUACGUCCCCAAGUGCCUCCCUUCCUCCUCUUCUUUACUGAAACUGAAACCAGGUGUUCACAGUUAGCAUUUUCACCUUGUGCCACUCUCUUUUAGGGUCUGCCUUGAGCAUCUAUGGGCAGCCACAGCGACCGGUCUAGUCCCAGACAGCACAGGUCAAGCAGCCUGGGACUGUGGAGCCCCUGGCAGGCUGGCCUGCUGCUGCCCCCUUAGCCCAGAAGCCCAAGAGGACCCAGAAGCCUUGCCAGGUCCAGUGGCCUGGGGUCCCACUGCUGAGGGCGCAUGCCAGGCCUCACUCCACCCUGAGUGGACUCAAGCCAUGUAUUCAUUCAGUAAACUGACUUUAUUCUCCCA